UUUUUUUCUGAAUAUGUUUAAUAUUUUAUUAUUACUAAUUGUUUAUGAGUCAAUCUUGUGUAAAAUUUGAUCAUAUAAUUGAUAUUAAUAUUCCAUUUCCAACAGAACAGCUUGCAUCUCAGGCGGCAACUGUUUUGUCUGCUGAUUCGGAAUUAAAAAAGCAUUUAGUAUAUAGAGAAAUAAGAGUAGAUGGGCCUUAUUUUUCUGUAGUGUUUCAGAGCAAUGAUUUAAAAUUCUUGCGUGUCUCUGUAGAUUCAUUUUUGGAUAAUAUUAUUUUAAUGAUUCGUACAGUAAAUGAAUGUGGGGAUUUGUAGUUUGGCAAGAAUAUAUUGUAUUUAUUAUAAGGGUUUCUGGAUUUG